UUGCCCCGGCUGGCCUGGGGAGGGCUGCAGAGCAGGUGGUCGAGGCUGGGGCAGGAAGCCAGGGUUGGGGUCCUCUCUCUAGCUGUGUGCAAACCCCAGAAGGGGGCCCAUCAGGGGGCUGAGGACCGGCUCGCGGCGCUGGCCCGGUCCCCUUCCUGCUCCACACUCCUUUCGUGGUUCUCAUGUCGGUCAGACAGUGCGAAUGCUCAGGCUGUCCCUCAGAUCUGCUGAACCACCGAGUUCAGUGUUCACGAUAUUCUGGCGUGCGGUCAGGAUGGAAAGGAACCGGUUUCCAGGAUGGAGUUGUCAGUUGGUCGCUGAAAGCCCCCUGUGAUGGGGCUUCCCCAGCUGCAGCUCCAGCCCGCCCCUGCCCCGGGCACUAGUCCCAUCUCCCAGCUCAACCCCGUUUCUUAACAGGCAUUUCCUGAAUACCUACUAUGUGCCGAGCAAGGUCCCGCCUCCAUCCAUCGAGAUGUAGUUCUGUAGGGCGGGCUGUCACCCAAGCAGACCCAGCUCACAAUGGUGAUAGGCGUGAAUUCAGAACCAUAGGAUCCUCGGAAAGAUCAGAAUAGGGUGGGGCUUCUCGAAGGAAGUAGAGUGGAGGUUCGCUGGCCAAACACUGGACCAUGAGGGGAUGGGAAGGAAGAGUGUUCUGGGCAGAGGGAACAGCAUGAGUGGACAGGAGAGACCAGGCACAUUCCGGGAAUAGAGAGCUGCCAGCGUGGCUGGAAUCCAGCAAUUGGAGGGGUGCAGAGGGACCCCGGAUGAGGCUGGAGGGCGGGCAUGGCCAGCCCGGGGAACACGGGCUGCACUUCCCCACCUCGUAGACUUGGCGUAUUUCUUUCUCUUCCCUCUGCUGGAGAUGCCUUUCUCUCUUGUUCCGUUGUUUCAGCCCCAAGCGCUAAUCCCUCCAGAUCCGUCUCACUUUCCUGGGGAAAGCCCUCAGGGGCAGGGACUGUGGCUUGACUUGGCUUGGAGCCAGGGUCAGAAGUGUAGCAGGGGAUGGGGCCCGGCUGCCCCCUUGGAGGGGGAGGGACUCCUGCCUUGCUUGCCCCUUGUGCUGGCCGUCCUCCAGGGUUGCAGUGGGGAGGGACGGCCCCAGCUCCGGGCCUCCCCAGCUUCUGACACUGGGAGGAGUCUGGGGAACCUGCAAGGAGCCCCUCGCACCCCUCCUGAGGUGGAAUUGGCUUUUGGGCCCUCAGCUGACUCGGGCAUCGAGAUCCUCUGGGGGUGGGGAGGUAGGCCACCAUCCUGGUUUGGGGAGGACCCAGGGCCAGGGCUGGAGUCUACACUCCCUUCUCUCCCUUCCCCUCCCCAAAGUACCCAAAGUAUCCCCCUCCCAAAGCCCCUCAUCUCCCUAAACCCCGUGUCCGAUUAAUCGCAUUGCCUUUGAGACUUCAAUUGGGUCCCCAGCAGAGUCUGAAUCUCGUCGUGUCACGUGCUCUCUGGUGACCUAGGGCAGCUGGGCGGGCCUCAGCUGCCUCCUCUGCAGAACGGGGCUGAUGACCGUGGCCACGCCAAGAGUCCCGCCAGGCGUCCCGGGCACCACACACACAUCCGCACGCCGUGUGCUCGCGGCACCAGUGAGGCAGGCACUGUGGGUAAUGAGUACAGAGCGGUCACACAUUUAGUAAGUGAUGAAGGCGGGACUCAUCCACUCUAGACCCCCGGUCUGCCGCCCAGCAGUUCUGCUCAGGGCGUCAGGGAGUGGUCUGGGUCCCCAGUGGGGGCAGGAAGGUGGGACUGCUGUCCUAGCCUCUGGGGGGGCAGGAGGUGGUAUUCAGGCCCGCCCUGGCCCUGUUGGCCCGUGUGGUGGCCACGCCUGAUGCUGUUCCUCAGUCGCUUGGCCCACGGAUGUGUCUGCUGUCCCUCUGGGCACGUCCGGGCCGCAGGUGCUGAGCUCUGUGCCCGCCUCUGCCUUCCUCAGGCUCAGCGCUGGCGCAGCGAGAACUUCGAGAGGCCCGUGGACCUGGAGGGCUCUGGGGAUGACGACUCCUUCCCCGAUGACGAGCUGGACGACCUCUACUCGGGGUCCGGCUCGGGCUACUUCGAGCAGGAGUCGGGCAUUGAGACGGCCAUGCGGUUCAGCCCAGAUGUGGCCACGGCAGUGUCCACCACACCCGCGGUGCCACCUACCAUGGACAUCCAGCCCGUGGGCACCCCGUUUGAAGAGCUCCCCUCCGAGCACCCCACCCCAGAGCCAGCCACCAGCCCCCCAGUGGUGACAGAGGUCCCGGAAGAGCCCAGCCAGAGAGCCACCACCGUCUCCAUGCCCACGGCUACCACUGCUGCCACGACCGCGGGGGCCCUGACCGUGGCCACGGUGCCCGCCACGGUGGCCACCGCCGCCCCCAGCAUCCCCGCGGCACCCCCUUCCACGGCCAUCACCUCUGUCAUAAGGACCACCGGUGCACAGAGGCUUCUGCCUCUUCCGCUGACCACGGCGGCCACGGCCCGGGCCACCACCCCAGCGGCGCCCUCGCCUCCCACCACGGUGGCCGUCUUGGACACAGAGGCCCCGACACCCAGGUUGGUCAGCACAGCUACCUCCAGGCCAAGGGCCCUUCCCAGGCCAGCUACCACCCAGGAGCCUGACAGCCCUGAGAAGAGCACCCUGCCCCUGGGGACCACGGCCCCUGGACCCACGGAAGUGGCUCAGACCCCAACUCCGGAGUCCGUCCUGACCACGAUCCGGGAUGAGCCAGAGGUGCCCGUGAGCGGGGGGCCCAGCGGGGACUUUGAGCUGCCAGAGGAAGAGACCACGCAGCCAGACACAGCCAAUGAGGUGGUGGCUGUGGGCGGGGCUGCAGCCGAGCCGUCACCUCCACCUGGGACGCUGCCCAAGGGUGCUGGCCCAGGCCCCAGCCUCCUGGACAAUGCCAUCGACCCAGGCAGCUCAGCUGCUCAGCUGCCUCAGAAGAGCAUCCUAGAGCGGAAGGAGGUGCUCGUAGCUGUGAUUGUAGGCGGGGUGGUGGGCGCCCUGUUCGCGGCCUUCCUGGUCACGCUGCUCAUCUACCGCAUGAAGAAGAAGGAUGAGGGCAGCUACACACUGGAGGAGCCCAAGCAGGCCAGCGUCACGUACCAGAAGCCUGACAAGCAGGAGGAAUUCUACGCCUAGCGGAGCCUAGUGGAGCCACAGUGCCUCCCGUAGCCUCAGCGUCACCCCUCCGCCUAGCCCCCGGCCCGGCCCCACCAGCCCUGGCCUGGGACUGGGCCUGGGAGGGAGUCUGGCCCCGGUUCAUCUCUGCCCGCCCUCCCAGGGUCUGCCCAGACAGCCAGCCUCACGAAGAUCUUACCUGAGGGACAGGGGGCACUGCCAUCUGCCCUAGACUGUGCCCUUACCAGCUCAUCUCUUGUCCCCCCCGCCCUCCCCACAAUCAGCCUGGGGCUUCAGGACCUCGUGUCGGCCGGACAGGAGGAAGGAAGCUCCAGAUUGGCUGGGAGAAGAAAGGGUGGGGCUUGAGAUGGGCUCCAGGCCCCAACCUGGCCCCCCCACCAGGGCCAGCUGAAGUCUCGUUUCGGAGGCGGAGAGGCACGCAGGCUGGUUUCCAGGACGAGCGUUUGGCCAGCUCAGCCCUCGACAUCAUCGAGACACUGUGGCCUCUCACUACCGUCCCCGGGGCCCCUCUCUGCCCGGGAGAGACGGUACCUCUCGUCACCAGCCUGUUUUGCCCUGGCCUCUCUGGGGCGGUAGGGCCAUUCUCCCCUGGCCCCUGCCCAGUGCCCACCUACCACAGGCCUCACCUCAUCCCAGCGUGCCCCUAAGGAAUCGACUUGCUAAGAGUGCUCUGGCAGCCACUGGUGAGGAGGGGCUGGGCUGCCUGGGCCUCCCUCCCUCUUGCAGGCGGACUCUGCACAGACACCAUCUCCCACACGGUCACGCAUGACAUCACACACGAAGGCGACGACGCGCAACGACAAAACCUUUCGAGGUCCCGCUCACCCAGCCGGGGCAGACCUGUCACAGACACACAUGCUUCCAAAGAUGCUUAUUCUCGCGUGUUUCUCACCCCGCGGCCCCCCCCGCCCCCCAAUGCUCACAACAAUGCAAGGCACUAGUCGUCGUCCCCUGAUGGUGGUGACAGUGUGGCCUGCCCCUUCCUCUGUCCCCCUCCCCCCAUGCACACUGUGGCACCAGGCAGGCUGUCCCCAGCUCCCGGGCUCACCGGAGAGGGUGGAGUCAGGCUGGAACAGUCAGCCCAUAUUGGGUCCCCAGAGUUGCCCUGCCACACUCAGUCCCUCACCACGACGCCAGCACCAACCACGCGGCCGCCGACCCCAGCAUGUCAGAUACGAUCCCAUGUGGAGGUACAGUCUCCCCCCUGCACAGCCCCGCGCUUGUGCUGCAGGGGAACCGGCGGGCCUUGCUUGCCUCUCCUGAAAUAAAGUGGGGGGGGAUGCUGCCACAACCCCCCCCCCAGGGCAUUGCACAUCGGUGGGGCCUGCUCCCCUCCCCUCCCCUCUGUAGCUCGCCGAGGGGUGAGUUCGGGGCCAGUCCCCCGCUAGCUAGGAGCCUUGCUGAGGAAGGCAGGCUGGUUCCUGGAAAUGUGGAGGGGGUUUGGGUCACCCAGGACCACAAGGCCUGGCCGGGGAGGGGUGUGCGGCCUGGCUCCCGGUCUCCCUGUACCCUCUCCUGCUCUGAGCUAGGGGCUGACUCUGCCUCCCAGGACACAAGUCUCCAAAGUGCCUGCGAGGGUGGGCCCUGUCGCCUGGGCCUCCUGCACCCUCCCCGCGGCCUCACCAGGCCCACCUCGGUCCCGCCCUGGGGCCCUCCCCGUGGACACCUGCCCGCUCGCUGGCCAGACAAGCUGAUGGUUCUUGAAGCAGCCCAGCCAGACACACUGCCCCAGGCCGGGAGCUGAGAGCAGGUGGGGCUGGGGGGGGGGGGGGGGCGUGUCCCAGGCCCCGGCCCACCUCCCCCUUCUGUGUUACCCUUGCGAGGGGGCCGCUUCUGUAGAUAUUUUAAAUGUGGGGUCACAAAUCUCCUUGGGGGAGGAGGGUGUGCUUGGUGGGGGCUCCUGAGGACACAGGAUGUGGUCUGAGUUGGGGUUGGCUGGUGCUCACCCCCCCCACAACCUUCAGCCCAGAUUAAAGUCAGGAACCCAGCUUUUAUUUUUGUUCCCUUUUCUAGACUCCCUGGCAGCAGAUUUCUGCAGGGUGAAGGGGGUGGGGGGUGCCCGAGGCAUUGAGAGCAAGGGUCCAGGGAACUCCCACACCCUGUCUUUUCCACCAUCCUGCUUCUGGGCUGGGGCUUUGUCUUUCGGACUCAGUGUCCCCCCGGGCAGGGCCUGGAGGCCUGUGAGGAGCCCAGCCGGUCCCAAACUUUGCGAUGGGCAGGAGUGAGGGGAGGCACCCUGGGCCCAUGAUUUGUUGAAGGUGAGGCGACCUGGCCUCAGUCAUCCCUGGAGUGUGGAAGGGCGAGGGGAGGAGGGACUGAUGUCCCAGCAGCUCCCUGGUGGGCUGCUGUGGGGGGCCAGCAGCUCUGGUGACAAGGCCUGGGCAGGCCAAGGCUGAGAAGCCAGGGAGCAUGGAGGAGAGGGGACGUGAGCCCAGGGAUGGUGGGCCUGGGGUAGGAGACCCCUGCAUGGGCCACAUGUAGCCCAUGGUGGGGCGGGGCCUGGCAAGGACGGAGGAGCUGGGCUUGGUCUGGCUGGAGUGGGCUUGGAGUGGCCCCCCCGCAGGGGUCCAGUCUGGUCCCAGCAGGCCUGACUCCCCACGUAGGGCUGGCUUCUAACUUGGGACUUGGGGCUUUGCCUCCUGGCACACGGGCCUCUUCUCUCUGUCCUUAGCGUUUGAGAGAAGGGCCCAAGGGCCUCGUUCAUGGAGCCCUGGACCUGAGCCCAAGGCCCAGGCUUUAUCCUCGUGGAACAACACAGUCUGACUGGCCCAAGUUCAUUCCGGCCAGCCCGGCUGGGGCAGGGCAGUCCAGGAGAGAGGUCGGUUAAAAGGAUGAGCUGGGGCUCCUCGGUGCAAUGUGGGUGCGGGGCUCUCACUCUGCCUGGGCACGAGGUGUGAUGCAAGCAGGGCCUGGGCAGAUGGGUCCCCAGACACACCAGUGUGCUUAGGGAGGGUGUCCUGCAAGGCCCUGGCAUUUCCUAGAAGCCGGGCAGAUUCCAAAGGGGAGGGGGCUUGUGUGGCGGGAGAACCUCCCUGGGGCCUCAGCUGCCAGGGAGGGUGGCUGGGGCCUCAGGAGGUGGGGUUCGGGCCCUCGAUCCAGCUGUGACUUUUAGAACCCAGGUUCUGUCUCCCUAAGGGGCCACAGGGGCGUACCUCUCCUGAAAGGUGCGUCCCCUUCAGCCCUGGAGGGGGCUGGGUGGCAACCAGGGCUGGGUGAGGCAGGUCUGCGGUCCGUGGCUUGGGGUGCUCAGGCCAGAUCCCCGCCGGGGCUGGCAAAGCCAUCUGUCCAGGCCUCCAGGCUGGGGCCCCGGGCACAGGAAGCAAACCUAUCUUGGCCUCUCUGGUGGGGCGGGAGUGGCCACCACCUCCUGGGCUCUCCCGGAUUUCUCCUGACAGCCACCACCCUGGACUUGCUUCCUCAGGCCUCCUGCCUGUAAAUAGAAGCCCACGAACUGUACAGAUUUACGGAGAUGCCAAGACUGGGUCCUGGAGUUGCCAUCUAAGGGCUGAUGGGUCCAGCAUCCCCCCCCCCCCCGGUGCCCACCCGGCAGCUUAGUGCACAGCGUGGCAAAUACUUGUAAAUACUUUUCGUAGGCAGUGUGGCUCCAGAGAGCCCCCUGAAGACAGUGUCCCUCCCGUGCGUCCUUUCUCCUGUACAGAACCCUUCUCGUACCCGGCCUGGGGUGGGUGGGAGUUUGUCCUUCCCUCCCCCAAGCCUUCCCUGCCCUUUCUCUCCCCCCCCCACCCCCAUAACCUGUUUAUUAACCAUACCUGUCCUGAGUUCACGGCCAAAUCUCUAAAUAAGGAAAAGCGGAGGGAAAAGACUGGAAAAAGAGACCCAGGUGCCUGCCCCCCCCCCCCCCCC